GCCAGCACAUCCUGUUGGCCAAGCUGGGUUCCUGCAUGAAGACCAACAUCAUGCAGCCAAAUGGAACUACUCCUGGCAAACUUCAGUCGGCAUCAUCUCGGUGCGGUGCCAUCAGGUAUCAAAGUAUUAUGUCAUAUUUUUUCAUAACUUUCGUAUCAUAUCUGCCUUCCCUUUUUCCAGGACCACCAGCCUCGUAAUCGAAACAAUGUCACUGCGAAACUGACCUUCCAAUUUACGAGACCACCGAUAUUCUCGAAUCUACUGCUUCAGGUUGUUCAGGUU